GACCUUUCCUAAUAGGUCCCAUGAAAAUAAAACAAAUGAUAAGAAUUAAAAAUUUUUUUCAAUUUAUUUUACCUGGUCUACCAGUCUGGUUCUCAAGGACUUAUCUUUCCAUAGUUCUUAUUUUUCCAGUUAUUAUCUUUUCCCUUAUUCUGACUAUAAGCAUGGGCUUUUGUAGCAAUUUGCAAAAUCACUGGCCACCAUGUCUGUCUUUUCACAUUUUAUUUAGUUGUUCAUUUCACGUCUCUCUGCUUGGCUAAGCAAGUCCUGCUCAUCAUAACAGGUAUAGAGCAGACUGGUAGGGGUCCACUGGGAUGGGAACAGCCUUGGGAGAAAGUUAAUAUAGCAGAUAAAAUGCAUUAGCCAAAAGAUGAGACAGUGAACACCAACAAGGGUAGUCCAUGUAUGUAAAAGAGAGACAUAAAAUAAGAGACUGAAGUGUUUCAUGAAGCAGAUAAAGCAAGAAAAAUCUGGUACUUAAAGAUUUAGGCAGGUAGGCUACAAUAAGACCACAUAUACCAAGUGGAGUUCAAGGAUAGAUUCUAGUUUCUGAGUAAUCUGCAGGUGGAAGGUUACCAAGACCAUCAAAGAAACAGGGUCACAGAUGGACUGGUGCACUUAGGUACAGGGAAACAAGGUAGAAUCCUAGUUACUGGAAUCAAAGGAAAAAGUCAAGGUCAAACUAGCAGCAGGAGUAAUUAAGUUCAUUCUGAGUCCCAAGGGAUUAUGUUGGAGUCUUUUUUAGGUGAGGUCAGAAAUGGUUCUAGAGCAGUGGGUUUCAAUCUUUUAAUGUACAUAAAAAUCACCUGGGGUGCUUCAAAUUUCUAAAGUGGGGCCCAGGUGUCUGUAUUUUUAACAAGUUCUAUACAUUAUUCUGAUGCAAGUGUUCACAGAUCACAUUUGGAGAAAAUUGCCAUGAAGCCUAAGAUGGCACCUAUUUUAGAAUAAGAGACCAAAGGAUUACAACUGUUGAGAGAGGAAUUUAGAGGUUGAAAGUUAGACCUUUCUACUAGGAGAAGAAUGUAUCUGUUAUGCCCAUAGCUGAUUUGUAGGUAUCUGCUUUUAAGAAAGCAGAAAACAUGGGCUGAGAUGCACUGGACUGGCAUGUUGGAAGCCCAUUAGGUUUUUCUCGUCAUGUAUCUUGUUUCUUGUGUUUUUAACCUUAGUUCUUUUGUAAUAUUUAACAUAAAGAUUUAUACUGUUUAGUGUAAAAAAGUAGGGCUGAUUGUUCUUUGUGCCUAAACUGUCCUCAUUUUACUUUCCAUUUGUUAUCUGCAAAUUGAAUUUCCCCUUUUCCUUCCCUCUUCAUAAGUUGAUUAGCAUGAGUUAGGUAGACUGCUGUAAUGCUAAGGGUUAACCAGAAGAGAAUUACAAAUGAACUAUCUAGAAAGUUGAUUAUUAAUCCAGCUAGAGAAGAAAUAUCCUUUUACUUAGCAAGAAUGAGUAUCCGAAGAGCUGAUAAUACUGUUCAGACAGUGAGGUGGAAUGGCCGAGCUUGAAGAAUGUCUUCCAAACAAGCCACCUCUCCAUUUGCCUGUGCAGCUGAUGGAGAGGAAGCGAUAACCCAAGAUUUGACCUCCAGGGAAAAGGAAGAGGGCGGUGAUCAACAUGUGGCCUCCCACCUGUCUCUGCACCCCAUAAUGCACAACAAACCUCACUCUGAGGAGCUCCCAACACUUGUCAAUACCAUUCAACAGGAUGCGGACUGGGAUAGUGUUCUGUCGUCUCAGCAAAGAAUGGAGUCAGAGAAUAGUAAGUUAUGUUCCCUAUAUUCCUUCCGAAAUACCUCUACCUCACCACAUAAGCCUGACGAAGGGAGUCGGGACCGCGAGAUCAUGACCAGUGUUACUUUUGGAACCCCAGAACGCCGCAAAGGGAGCCUUGCCGACGUGGUGGACACACUGAAGCAGAAGAAGCUUGAGGAAAUGACUCGCACUGAACAAGAGGAUUCCUCCUGCAUGGAAAAAUUACUUUCAAAAGAUUGGAAGGAAAAAAUGGAAAGACUAAAUACCAGUGAACUUCUUGGAGAAAUUAAAGGUACACCUGAGAGCCUGGCAGAAAAAGAACGGCAGCUCUCUACCAUGAUUACCCAGCUGAUCAGUUUACGGGAGCAGCUCCUUGCAGCCCAUGACGAGCAGAAAAAACUGGCAGCUUCACAAAUUGAGAAACAACGGCAGCAAAUGGACCUUGCUCGCCAACAGCAAGAACAGAUUGCAAGACAACAGCAGCAACUUCUGCAACAGCAGCACAAAAUCAAUCUCCUGCAGCAGCAGAUCCAGCAGGUUCAGGGUCACAUGCCUCCGCUCAUGAUCCCAAUUUUUCCACAUGACCAGCGGACCCUGGCAGCAGCUGCGGCUGCCCAACAGGGAUUUCUCUUCCCCCCUGGAAUAACAUACAAACCAGGUGAUAACUACCCGGUACAGUUCAUUUCAUCAACAAUGGCAGCUGCUGCUACUUCUGGACUCAGCCCUUUACAGCUCCAGAAGGGUCAUGUCUCCCACCCACAAAUUAACCCAAGGCUAAAGGGCCUCAGUGGCCGUUUUGGCAGGAGUUUGGACACCUUUGAGCAUGGCGGUGGCCACUCUUACAACCACAAACAGAUUGAGCAGCUCUAUGCCGCUCAGCUGGCCAGCAUGCAGGUGUCACCUGGAGCAAAGAUGCCGUCGACUCCACAGCCACCAAACACCACGGGGGCAGUCUCACCUACUGGGAUAAAAAAUGAAAAGAGAGGGCCCAGCCCUGUAACUCAAGUUAAGGAUGAAGCAGCAGCGCAGCCACUGAAUCUCUCAUCCCGACCCAAGACAGCUGAGCCUGUAAAGUCCCCAACUUCUCCCACCCAGAGCCUUUUCCCAGUGAGCAAAACGAGCCCUGUCACUCUGCCUACCAAGGGCAGCAUCCCCAGCCCCAUUGGAGGAAGCUUGGCAAGAGGAUCCUCUUUAGAUAUCCUGUCCAGUCUCAACUCCCCUGCCCUGUUUGGGGAUCAGGAUACAGUGAUGAAAGCCAUUCAGGAGGCUCGGAAGAUGCGAGAGCAGAUCCAGCGGGAGCAGCAACAGCCACAUGGUGUGGACGGGAAACUGUCCUCCAUGAAUAAUAUGGGGCUGAACAACUGCAGGAGUGAAAAGGAAAGAACGCGCUUUGAGAAUCUGGGGCCCCAGUUAACAGGAAAGUCAAAUGAAGAUGGAAAGCUGGGCCCAGGUGUCAUUGACCUUACUCGGCCAGAAGAUGCAGAGGGAAGUAAAGCAAUGAAUGGCUCUGCAGCUAAACUACAGCAGUAUUAUUGUUGGCCAACAGGAGGUGCCACUGUGGCUGAAGCACGAGUCUACAGGGAUGCCCGCAGCCGGGCCAGCAGCGAGCCCCACAUCAAGCGACCAAUGAAUGCAUUCAUGGUUUGGGCGAAGGAUGAGAGGAGGAAAAUCCUUCAGGCCUUCCCCGACAUGCAUAACUCCAACAUUAGCAAAAUCUUAGGAUCUCGCUGGAAAUCCAUGUCCAACCAAGAGAAGCAACCUUAUUAUGAAGAGCAGGCCCGGCUAAGCAAGAUCCACUUAGAGAAGUACCCAAACUAUAAAUACAAGCCUCGACCGAAACGCACCUGCAUUGUUGACGGCAAAAAGCUCCGGAUCGGGGAGUAUAAGCAGCUGAUGCGGUCUCGGAGGCAGGAGAUGAGGCAGUUCUUUACUGUGGGGCAGCAGCCUCAGAUUCCAAUCACCACAGGAACAGGUGUUGUGUAUCCCGGUGCUAUUACUAUGGCAACUACCACGCCCUCACCUCAGAUGACGUCUGACUGCUCUAGCACCUCAGCCAGCCCGGAGCCCGGCCUCCCGGUCAUCCAGAGCACUUACGGUAUGAAGACGGACGGCGGGGGUCUAGCGGCCAGUGAGAUGAUUAACGGAGAGGAUGAAAUGGAAAUGUACGACGACUAUGAAGACGAUCCCAAAUCAGACUAUAGCAGUGAAAAUGAAGCCCCCGAAGCCGUCAGUGCCAACUGAGGAAUGCUUGUUCGCCGAAUUGAAAUACUCUGACAUUUCACCUCCCCUCCCCCCACAACAAGUUCUUAAAGAGCCCGCAUGCAUUUGUGGCUCCACAAUUACAUCAGCAGAAUGGUCUUAAUUGUUCCGUAAUGUGUGAGACAGAUUAAGUUUUCCCUGAUUUUUCAUGAACUUGAGUUUUUUUUUGUCGUUAUUGUUAUUGUUGUUGUUGUUGUUUUUUAAAUUUAGGUGAAGACAUAUUAAAUAUGAGACACCAGGACUUGAAAAAUUAUCUUGACCCAUAGCUGUCUUACAAGUCUUAUAUUUUUGUCUUACUUUUUUUUUUCUUUUGGAUGUUGAUAAAGGUUUAAGUUACUGUUUUAGAUGGGGUUAAACAUUCUCACUCAGGUAUGCUGUGCCGGCCUACAGGUUGUGAAUGUGUUUUUAUUCUGAAUUAUUUUAGAAAACAACUGAGGAUUUCAUAUUGUGAAACAGAACAAGUCCACAGCGUGUGCAGCUGCAUGUAGAGCAUAUUCAAAAGGCCUCGGAAUUCCAUUUUUCCACGUGCAGAGUUAAACUUUGAAUGUGCCAAACUUUUUCAUAACUUUUGAAUCUUAAUAUUUUGAAAGUCUUAAAGGAGAUACUGCAAAGUCUUAGACAAUCUUUGGCAUCUUAAAAUAAAAUAGCAAACCACACUUUUUUUUUUCCAGAAAAUGGUGAAGUACUCAGGAAUCUGGAGACAAGAUAUUGUAAGGAAUGAACAAGGUUGCCACAGUGCAUGUACCCAAUCGUGUUUGCCUCUUGACGUGCCAUCAGUGCGUGACGUGGCAUAAUGUCUGCACGCCAGAGCGAUCAUCCCACCAGAUACUGACAGGGUGGUCUUCUCUGCCUGAGACCACCUCUCACUACAUCCAUUAUCCCUUUGCCUUUAACCCUGACAUUCAGUCUUAACACAUUUUCUCUUAAAUAAUUUAUUCAUUCCAGAAUGUCAAGGGUCCACUUACUAUUUAUUUAAAAAAAAUUGUUGGUGGCAUUAAUUUAAUAAUUCUUGUUUUUACCCUCCUUCCCUGAAGAACUUCUCAGCCCUUUUCACCUCCUUCUCCUGCUAGAUACAAAAGAUGUACAUAGUGAUUUUAUGUCCCCAGAGCAUCUGGAAGCAUUUCUGAAACAAGAUACUAUCAAAUAACUAUACCGUUUUUAAACAUGAGUGUAUACCUGGCUGUGGGGCUGUGUAUUUGGAUACAGGUGUAGAGUCUUAACGUUUCAACAAGUAUAUCCCUGAAGUUUGCUAGAACCUUGAAUCUCUUGCCAGAAUCUCACCUAAUUCAGUUCAGCAACAGGUGGUAGGAGCUGCACUGGUGACAUUUCCCCUGAAUGCCACUCAGCAGCAAGGGUCAAUUAUGGUGAUUGCCAGGCAGGAGAGUCCCACAGCCAAACCUGAAGCCCAGGGCUGCGGGCCAUGCAGGAGGCCCUCAUGAUGCUAUCAUAGGCAGGCAUCUUCUAGGGAGCCAUGGCAUCUGGCACACCUAGGGAGUUCUUUGCAAAAAUCCCCAGGAUGCAAGAAGCUACAUGACAGCCUCAAAGGAAAGAUAGAGGCAAAUAGUCAUGACACAUUCAUAGAAUGAGAGAAAAUCAUAGGGGAGGAGAAGGAGGGGAAAUACAUUCCCUCUACAGGAUGUUCCUACUGUUAACUCUGGGGAGCAGAUCACUCCUGGGGCAGCAGAUGAGUUCCUCUGGCUCACUCCCUCUCUUUGUGGCCACAUGGGAGGCAUGCCUACCUGUGAACAAGAUCAACUGCACUUGUCACACAAGGAUUUCCCUGGGGAUGUGCUGAUGGGCUGGAGGCAGUGAGGUUUCAUUUCCCAUCUCCUAACUACAGGUAGCUUGGUGAUGCCAUUUUGACCUUCCCGAAACCAGGACUGAUUGCCUAUGGCAGGGGCCUCCACAAGAGUGGUUCAAUGGGAGAAUGUCAGCUAAUGAGACAGUUAACCUCUUGGGACAACCCAGAAUCUGGUCACCAGGACAUAGGAACGACCCCAUCAGGUUUCUUGAGCCAUUUUGUCACUUGGAAGAAAAUAGCAUACCUUCAUAUUUAUCUAAAGAGUGCUCAAGGUCAUACCUAAUAGCAAUAAGUAGGUCUAGCCAAGAUAUUACUGGCUAUGUCAUUAGCUGGGAGUGCUCUCUGUAAGCUGAACAAAGGUACUGAUAGGAAUGUUUUGGUCUUAAUAUUGGUUGGGGAUUGGAACUUUGUUUUUGUACAUUUAUUUCAAAUGAGGAGGAGGCCAUUUUUCUCAAAAAUUGAGUAUUUAUUAUUGUCUUACUGAUUUUCUUUUGAUUAUAUACCUCUCCUCCUCACUUCAUUCUCAUGCUCUUUCUCUUCCUUGUGUUUCUGCUGUUCCCUCUCCCACUCCUUUUUUAUUCUGUUGCAUAGGUAGAGUGCUGUAUGGCUAGCAUUGUAUUGUACGUAAUUAAUUUUGCACAAAGGCAAACAUUUAGAAUAGUAGGUUAAUUUUGUUUGUUUUUAUGACCAUGCCAAAAUAAUAUUCUGGGCUGGUGGAGAACAAAGGACUGUUCUUUAGGACUGAAACUUGAUUUUGCUUCUAGUAAAAAAAAAAAAAAAAAAAAAAACCCAACAAAAAACACACACACUCACAGAUGUUGUUUCGUAAGUGUUAUAAGCACUGGAUAUAAAUGGUAUUUUUUAUCACUUCUGACUAAUGUGAAACUGUUGUACGAAAACUACAUGAACAAAAGUCAUCUGUUUCGACUCGUGUGGGCUUGCCUCACAGUUGCCGGAUUUGAGUCAUUUUUAUGUCUUGUUAUUUCAUUUAUUUAUGCAAAAUACAUGUGUGUAUGAACACUUUGUUUUAGCUCCAGCUCAGCCUCUGUACUGGGGUUCAGUUACUUCUAGCAACGUUCUUAAAAAUGAAAGGCUAUUCAGGAAUGAUCUGAUUGUAAAUGUCUCUUUCAUUGGGUCAAACAGUGAUGCUGUAUUUGAAUCUAAAUUCUGUGCAUAAGCAGUUUAUUUAUUAGCCAAGUUUGGCUCUAAAUAUCCAUGGAAAUUAAGAAUGACAAUCAUAGGGAUCAGUUCAUUUUAUUUUCAGUGGGGCUUAAACAAAGAUUUUAUGACUUUACCAUCUCAUUUUAGAUUUUUCUAAGUAUGUAAAUAUAACAUAGAAAUAGAAUUUAUUUUUGGUUCAUGAAUACUUAGUGAGAUAUAAGUUAUGUAUUUCCUUUUUGUUCUCUAUCCAUAUAUGUUGGUCCAGACUAGAAGUUGACAGUCACUAUACCUCAUAGGAGUAGUGACUUAUCAGCCACAGGGAGAAAACAGUGUCCCACCUGCAGCUGGGGCUGUGAAGCCUUCACCUGGCUUCUCAUGCAGUUUAGGAGCCACUUGCCAGAGACUCAGACUUUUCCUUUUUUUCUUAUAGAAUGUCAAUGAAUUGAACAUACUAAAUUUCCAGUACCAUUGAGAGAGAGUCAGUUUCCUUUGUGAAUCCACAUAAAUCUUAUCAGGUGGUUCUGUGACCAUUUAAUUACAAGAAGAAUAAAUGACAUUACAAAGGCAAAAACCUGCCUCUGAGAUUGGCCACAAAUAAAAGUCUCACCAUGCCAACCAGAAGAAAGAAUGUUGAUCAAUUUUUGUCAGUGCUUCCUAUUUCAAAUCGAAGAUAAAAAUUGUCUCCAUUUUGUUCAAGAACUUGCAGGAUUAGGGUUUUCCUUGUCACUGAGAAUAGGCACACUGACUGACAGAAAUCCUCUCCUAAAAACUGGACCACAUGGAAUAGGAAUGAAUGAAAGAAAGGCAAGAGGGAAAGAGAGAAAGAAGAUGCAUGAAAGAAAGAAAGGAAGGAAGGAAGAAAAAGGAAGAAAAAGGAAAAGAAAAGAAAAGAAAGAAAAAGAAAAUAGGGAGAGAGAAAAAAUAGAUCAAUCUGUGGACAGAAGCAGCCAGGCAGGCAAUUUCUCUAUUUCAUGGGCAGAUGUGAGGCAGUAUCUUUUCCAGGAAGGUAUGAAAGCUGUGUUUUCAAGUAUAUUCAACUCAGUCUUUAGGAGCAAGUCAGUUUGCUUCGUUUGGUAUUUGACCCUUCCCAGCCUUGUCCUCAGGCCUGAUUGAUUUGCCAGGGUCCUGACACUCCCAGGCCAAGUUCUAAAUACAGGUGUGGGCUCACAGUGCUGUUGAGUUUGUUAAAUCCUGGCCUCCCCUGAACAUGAGCCCCACUGGAGCCUGGAGUGUUUGAAAAGGGUGUGAUCACUCUAGGGCUGAAAUUAAAGGCUUCUUUCUUUUCCUUAUGAAGCCAGGCUGCUUCUUCAGAGCUCACCCUCCCAAGCCAGGAGCUCAGGAGCCAGCUGAAAGCAGGGAUUGUUUCCAGGAAGCCCGUCUGCCCCAGUAGGAAGGUGGCCUGGUCACUUGAACACCACAGCUCAGGCUGCUUUUUCUCAAUUUCCUCAUUUUGCAAGAGGUGACCUCUACCUACUCAUUUGGGAAAAGGAAAAAGAGUCAGUAGUUUUAAACCCUCUGAGAAGUCUGUAUGAAGUGCCAAUAGCUGUAGUUCUUAUGCAGCUAGAAGAAUGUAUUGAAAUGAUUACUGGGUUUUCUUUUAUAAUGAGAAAAUAACAAAAAGCGUUGCUGUAGCCUUGCCUGACUUUGUACCCGUUUGUCUAAGGACUGAGUUGGCACUUAAGCUCACUUCUCAGAGUAUAAUAUUGUAUGACCUCAUUUGUCCUUUCACAGAAGCACUUGCAUCAUUUCCUUAAGUCGUCUGCCCCCUGCCAUGUUUUCUUCUUUAAUAAACAACUUCUAUCUGUCAUUCCUGCCGAUUAUGUUCUGUUUCUGAUGCCAUAUACUGUUGAGCGUAACCCUCUGCUACUACCAUUGAAAAUACUGACAUGCAAACACAUUUCCUUUCAUCCUCAUCCCAUCUUCUCCUUUGAGGACUGAUGGCUUUCCCAAAGCUCAUUAACAAGUAUUUGGAAUGCUGGUACCUUUGGGGCAGGGCAAGAGGUGGGUGGGGGAGCGGGCAGAAAGGUAAGGUUUAACGCAGACACUCUUCUGAUUGGUGUCCGUGGCAAUCUGAAUGCUUGAAGGCAACGCGGUGACAAGUAUUGCUCAGUAGUUUCUUAUUCCUGAAGAACCACAGCAUAAAGUGAGGCCUCAGUGCUGGUGCUCUUGGAGUCUGGGGAACGUGCAAAUAUUUAACUUUUUUGUACGCUGCACAUUGUGCAUCUGCUCAUGUGCAUUCUCCCUUUGUCUUCCUUUGUCAUGUGUGUUUUUGCUUUUUUGAAAGUGCAGUCUUGUACCUUCUCCAGCUUGUAGCAUAUUAGAAUGCUUAGCAUUUAUGUUCCUUCAUUAUUGUAUUUGCCAUGUAAGAUUUUUAUUACCUUAGACAAGCUUAUAAGCUGUUACUACAUAACUUAUCUUACUGUAACUCUUUUUUUCCCCCCGACAUUGUACUUUGUUUGUGAUGUAUAUUGUGAGAUUGUAUUCUAUGUUAAUUUAAUCAGCACAAUUCACUGACAUGCUGGACUGACAUGCUGGCUGCUGUUUCAAAGUGUAAAGUUUGUAUAGGGCUGUUGGGACAACUGCAGCUCGGUUGCCAAGGUACUGUGCUUCGGUCCCUCUAGCAACACUGUGGGUGUGGCCCUGGAGAUGCUACGGGCAUUUACUACACCCUGGAGCAAACUUUAACUGCAGAUUUUCUUUGUAGAAAUUCUAUGUAUAACGCAGGUACCUACUUGGCCCAUGGCUGGUAACUAUUUGGGCAAUUAGAAAAAACAAAAACCAUAAAAACUAGUGUCUAUUGCUGCUUUGAAUAUGUUUGAAAGUCUGAAAAUGUAAAUAGUUUAUCAAAAAAAAAUCUUGUACAGUCCAGUGUAAAGUUUUUAAAUGACCUUAAGGGUUGCCAUCACAUCUUUCUCACACUCUCCUCUUGAAAAUGGGAAAAAAAGUUUGCUAAGGAUUAAGGAAAUGGGGGGAAAAAAAAAGGAAUCUCUUCAGAUUUAAAGGAAUGCAUCAUUGUUCUUAGCUCUGUUGCAUACACAAACUUCUUGAAUUUUGUUGUGCAGUAUUGAUGUGAGAUAAAACUCAACAUUGAAUAAUCUUUCAGUGGUACUUUUCAAAGUCUUCCCCUUCUCUGCCUCAUAAUUAAGGGAAAAGAAAAAAAUUGAAAGACACACUGUCUUUACCUAUCCUGGUGUGUGUUGGCACCUUAGCUACUUGUUUUUUUCCUUUUUUGCACAAGGUGCUUUCCUGAUAUGUUAAACAUGCCAUCUUUGGGUGAUAAUGUAUAUGCCAUGCCAUGACGGGGUCUAGGCCCCUCAGGGGAGUGUCUGUAAGAACUGCCUAUUUAUGCUCAUUUACCUCAAGACUGUCCUCUCUACCCUUAAUCUAGUCGUCAUCACUCCAUCUUUUGUACUGCUGUUGACACUUACAAAUUAAAGAUAAAUUUUGUUUUAUGA